ACCAUAAAUCCUUUGUUUGUUUGCAUACAAAUCGACUAAUGCUCGGUGUGUUUUGAAGGAACUUUACAUGAGUAUCUACAUAUCAAAGAUCCAUGUAGCAGGCACGCCAACACUACUAGUUUUCUUUCGUUAACAAUUUAGUCCUCGUAAGAUUUAGCUGGAUUUGAAGUUUGAAGGAUUAUACCAAACCCACACCAAACCCACACAUUCUGAAAUUUGUUGGGCCGAGUUACAUAGUCGAGCUAUUCUUCGAUUUCCAGCUCCACACUAUGCGCUUAUAUCAAGAAGCUGUGACUGGCUCUGUAGCCGGAGGCAUGGGUACAGUGCUUGGCCACCCACUAGACUGUAUCAAGGUGCAUCUGCAAGCAAAACAGCAGCAGGGAUUGACCACAACGGCAUGUGCGCGACAAAUGCUGCACAACGAAGGCAUCUCUUCGUUUGCACGAGGGAUUGGUGCCCCGCUCUUGAGCUCGGUUGUUAUAAACACAGUUAUGUUUGUGGCCUUUGAGGAGGCCGAAAAGCAUUUGCCUGACAACAUGCUUGGGUCUUUGUUGGCUGGGAGUGCCUCUGGCUUGGCACAGAGCUGUCUCACGACUCCCUUCGAUUGGGUGAAAGUGCAGUCCCAGCUACGAGGAGGUAGUGCGACCUCCUGGUUGACAAAUGCUCUGCAGCAUGGGGUUCGGGAUGGAUUUUAUAGACUCUACACCGGGCAUUCGAUGAAUAUGCUUAGAGAAGGGGUUUUCACUGCUGUUUAUUUAGGCCUAUACACGCGUAUAAGGGCUCAAUACGUCGACGAAGAUGGGAAUGUACCGCUAUACGCAGUGAUGAUAGCCUCUGCAAGUACAGGGGCGUGCGCCUGGGUGACAUGCUAUCCGUUUGACACAAUUAAAAGCGUGCAACAGAGUCAGAAGCCAGGACAGCCACAUACUAAGAGGUCGCUGAGUACUAUAGUGGGUGCAGCCAAACACGUGUAUGCAAGUGGGGGGAUGGGCGCAUUCUACCGAGGAUGUGGCGCAAGUACCACGAGAGCUGUGUUGGUCACUUGUACACGGUUGGUAACAUAUGAAGCUAUCAAAAGAUAUAUGGAAUGGAGAUAAAGUUAUAAGAUGAAGAAGCCG